AUGGCUGUUGCUCAUGACUUGGAGCUGGAGAGUGUCAAUCUGAAUAUGGACAGAGUGGGGAAAGAAGAGCAGGAGGAAGAGCAGAGAAUGAGAGAGGAUGGAGCUGAUACAGCCCCCCGCAAGGCUAGGAAGGUGCACAGGAUCGUCUCAAAGUGGAUGCUUCCUGAAAAGGUCCGGAGAAACUACUUGGAGAGAGCCAAUUGCCUCCCACCACCUCUGUUCAUCAUCUCCAUCAGCCUGGCUGAGCUGGCUGUGUUUAUUUACUAUGCUGUGUGGAAGCCUCAGAAACAGUGGAUCACCCUGGACACGGGCAUCCUGGAGAGUCCCUUCAUUUAUAGCCCAGACAAGAGGCAGGAAGCCUGGAGGUUCAUCUCAUACAUGCUGGUGCAUGCUGGCGUUCAGCACAUCGUGGGCAACCUCUUCAUGCAGCUCGUCCUGGGCAUUCCCCUGGAAAUGGUCCACAAAGGCCUCCGCGUGGGGCUGGUGUACCUGGCCGGUGUGCUUGCAGGAUCCUUGGCCAGCUCCAUCUUUGACCCACUCAAAUCUCUCGUGGGGGCUUCGGGAGGCGUCUACGCUCUCAUGGGAGGCUAUUUCAUGAAUGUUCUGGUGAAUUUUCGAGAAAUGAUUCCUGCGUUUGGAAUUAUCAGACUACUGAUCAUCAUUCUCAUAAUUGCAUCGGACAUGGGAUUUGCUCUCUACAGAAGGUUCUUUGUUCCUGAAAAUGGGUCUCCGGUGUCCUUCGCAGCUCACGUUGCAGGUGGAUUUGCUGGCAUGUCCAUAGGUUACACUGUGUUCAGCUGCUUCGAUCAGGCACUGCUGAAAGAUCCGAGGUUUUGGAUAGCAAUUGCUGCUUAUUUAGCUUGUGUCGUAUUUGCUGUAUUGUUCAACAUUUUCCUAUCUCCAGCAAACUGA